AUGUUCAACAGCAGUCAAUUCACUCUGACUGGUCUCCCUGGCCUGGAGGCCCUGUACCCUUGGUUUAUCUUCCCAUUCUGCUCCACCUAUCUUGUGGCUCUUGUGGGCAAUAGCCUGAUCCUGGCAGUGAUCAAGAAAAACAUCUCUCUACACCAGCCAAUGUACCUAUUCCUAGCUAUGCUGGCCUGUGCAGAGCUUGGUGUCUCUGCUUCUACACUGCCCACUGUGCUGGGCAUCUUCAUUUUUGGUUCCAAUAGUGUCUGCUUUGAAGCCUGUCUUUUGCAGAUGUUCUUCAUACAUUCAUUUUCCAUCAUGGAAUCAGGAGUUCUGCUGGCCAUGUCUGUGGACCGCUUUGUGGCCAUCUACAACCCAUUGCAGUAUACCGCCGUCUUGACCCUGCCCAGUAUUGCUGGUACCGGUGCUGUACUUGGACUGAAGGGUGUGAUACUCAUGUUCCCACUGCUCUUUCUCCUGAAGCGCCUGCCCUUCUGUGGCCACAAUGUCCUCUCCCACUCCUAUUGUCUUCACUCAGAUCUAAUCCAGCUGCCCUGUGGGGACACUCAUCCCAACAGCAUUCUAGGGCUGUGCAUCCUUACUUCCACUUUUGGUCUGGACUCGCUGUUCAUCGUCAUCUCUUAUGUGCUGAUCCUCUACACAGUGCUGGGCAUUACCACCAGGGAGAGACGGCGGAAGGCCCUCAACAUAUGUGCAUCACAUGUCUGUGCGGUCCUUGUGUACUAUGUGCCCAUGAUCAGCGUGGCUCUGGUGAACCGCUUGAUGAAGCAUGCUGCACCUGCUGUCCGUCUUCUCCUGGCCAAUGUCUAUCUUCUGGUCCCUCCUGUGUUCAAUCCCAUCAUCUACAGUGUUAAGACCAAGCAGAUUCGCCAUGGACUAAUCCAAAUCUUUCUUCGAAGAAAAUAA